GUGCCCGCCGGCCCCGCCGCGCGCCCCGCCGUUGGCGCCGGCAUGUCGGGCCCCGGGCCGCGGGAGCCGCCGCAGGCGGGCGGGCCGGCGGGCCCCGAGGGCGCGGACGCGGCGCCGGGCGAGGCGGGGCUGAGCUUCACGACCACCGACCUGAGUCUGGUGGAGAUGACGGAGGUGGAGUACACGCAGCUGCAGCACAUCCUCUACUCGCACAUGGAGGCGGCGGCGGCCGACGGCGAGCUCGACGCACGCCUCAGCUCGGCCUUUCUGGCGGCCACGGCGCCGGGCGCGGCGACGGCGGCGGGCGGCUUCGCGGCGGCGGGGGGCGCGGCGGCGGCGGCGGCGGCGGCCGGGGGCGCGGCGUCCGUGUACCCGGUGUUGUGCCCGCCCGCGCUGGCCGACGGCGGCUUCGCGGGCGCCGCGCCCUGCCUGGGCCACGUCGACUUCCAGGAGCUGCGCAUGAUGCUGCUCAGCGAGGCGGGCGCCCCCGCCGCCGCCGAGAAGACGCCGGGCGCCGACGGCCCCGGCCCGGGCGCGCCGCGGCCCAAGGCGCCCGACGGCGGCGGCGGCAAGGAGAACGCGGAGGGCGCGCCCGAGGCGCGGGCCAAGUCGGCCGUGCGCGUCCGCCUGGAGGACCGCUUCAACAGCAUCCCCGCUGAGCCGCCUUCCGCCCCGCGCGGCGCCGAGCCCCCCGAGCCCGGCGUGGCGCUCAACAAUUUGGUCACUCUUAUCCGACAUCCUUCCGAAUUAAUGAACGUCCCUCUUCAUCAGCAACAAAACAAAUGCACGACGUUAGUGAAAAAUAAAACCGCCACCGCGGCCACGGCCCUGCAGUUCACGUACCCUGUGUUCACGGCCAACGCCGGCUCGAACCCGUCGCAGGUGCAGAGCUCUAGUAACCCAUGUUCUAUACUCGAAGCUGCCAAGCAUCAGGAUUUUGGAUUGCCUAGAGCAUUUUCUUUCUGUUACCAGCAGGAAGUUGAAUCCACUAAACAGACUUUGGGCGGUAGAAACAAAGCUUUGCCUGAGCAGGUUUGGAUUAAAGUAGGAGAAGAAGCGCUAUGUAAGCAAGCAAUAAAUAAGAGGAAUCGGAGUAGAACUCGUCAGCUGGACACAAACGUAGAGCGAAGAGCCCUUGGAGAGAUUCAGAACGUGGGUGAAGCUUCCACCGCCGCACAGGGCGCUUGGCCGCCCGCGGAGUCCUCGCAGGCAAACCUCGGGGAGCAGAGCCAGAGCGGGCCGCAGGGAGGAAGGUCGCAGCGCAGGGAGAGGCAUAACCGCAUGGAAAGAGAUAGAAGGCGCAGAAUCCGCAUUUGUUGCGAUGAGUUGAAUCUUCUAGUCCCGUUCUGCAAUGCCGAGACAGAUAAGGCAACCACGCUCCAGUGGACCACAGCGUUCCUGAAGUACAUUCAGGAGAGACACGGAGAUUCUCUUAAGAAGGAAUUUGAGAGUGUGUUUUGCGGUAAGACUGGCAGAAGGCUCAAGUUGACCAGACCGGACUCCUUGGUGACACGUCCCGCACAGGAGAGCCUACAGAGCAGCCCAGCCAUGGACGUCAAGUGACCGGCACCGACCGCGAGUUCCUGGCAGUGGCGGCUGCUGCCCGGGGCCCCCAAGCGUCUGUGCAACCCAGGAGCCCCGGCGGUUUGACUCUAGGGGGACGCAGGUCAAGUUGAUGGGCCUCCAGUGGGGACGUUAAAGCACGUUGUGUAAAGAUGUUUGUCUAGAACAAAAUACUUACUAGUCAUUCGUGUCCUCUUAGACCAUUUGGGGAUGAAGACGUUGCCAAUUGACAAGAAACUUCUCAAUUACCUGCCUGAUUCCAUCAUGUUUCUUAACAUGAUAACUUUGAAAAUUACCAUCUUUUGUAAUUUCCUUAGUCUUAAAAGGUAUAUUGCUUUUUACUUACUUUAUCUGCAUUUUAAAUGUGCCCGCUUAGCAACUGGAACAAGUUAAACUUUUCUUAAUUAGAAGUAGUUUGGAAAUUUCACUCUUUUGUUUCUCCCUCCCCUUGUACCGACUCCAUUCACACAGGACCAUGUUGUGAGAUGUGGUCCAUUCCAGCCUUCCCGCUGGACAUUUUCCAGACUCCCUUUGAAGCCAUUUUUGUCCGCAAAUGAAAUAUCGUCACAGUGGGUUACUUCACACCCUGAUUUCCAUAUUGAGAGUCCCUACUUUCUGUGUAAUAAACUCUAGUGUUUGGAACUGA